CACUUGACUAUCUCUAGACUUCUCGAAUGACCCUAGCAUAGCAGACCCUCUACCGACAUCUCGAGUAAGACUCUUGCGUGCGCCUUUGCCUACCAGAACUCCCAUCAUCCGCCACGCGCGUUCCGUACCUCGAUGACCUUCGAACACGCCUCCGGACCUCGAAGCAUUCGAGACCAACCUACACAACCCUUACAGACACUGCCGCCCUCGUCGCGUGAGCUAGGGGAAGUACUUCCGCCAAAGCAACCAGAUGGCGCUCCGGUAACAACCGAGAAAAUAAGCCUUGCGAAAUCAUGGACGCAUUUCGUCGCUGGAGGCCUAGGUGGUAUGGCCUCUGCUACCUUGACAGCUCCCCUCGAUGUACUGAAGACCCGCCUUCAAUCGACGUACUACCAACAGCAUCUCGCCGCCAUGCGGACUGCUCGAGGACUGCCACCCAUUGAGACCAUGUCCUUUGCCCGCAGCUCGAUACUACACAUCAGAGAAACGGGCGAGAUUUUAUGGCAGGUUCCAAAGGCGGAAGGCUGGCGGGCUCUGUUCAAAGGACUAGGACCCAAUUUAAUCGGUGUCGUUCCCGCGCGCGCAAUCAACUUCUACGCAUACGGCAACGGCAAGCGGCUGAUUAGCACACACUUCAACAACGGCCAAGAGGCAGCAUGGGUCCAUCUUUGCUCUGCGGCUGCGGCUGGUGUUGUCACCGGUACCGCAACAAAUCCCAUCUGGCUCGUGAAGACGCGGUUACAGUUGGACAAGAACACACAUGCAGAUGGCCGAGGUCGCCAGUACAAGAACGCAUUGGACUGCACCAUGCAAACCAUACGGAAAGAGGGGGUGCGUGGACUCUACCGUGGAUUGACGGCGAGCUACCUGGGAGUGACCGAGAGCACAUUGCAAUGGGUGUUGUAUGAGCAGAUGAAGCUGUCUUUAGCAAGGCGAGAAGAGCGGGUUGCAGCCAGUGGGCGGCCUCCGACGGUCUGGGAUCAGACUGUUGAAUUGACGGGCAAGGUUUCUGCUGCUGGAGCUGCCAAGUUCGUCGCUGCGCUGAUCACAUACCCCCACGAGGUUGUGCGCACUCGUUUACGACAAGCUCCGCAACAAGAUGGUCGACAGAAGUACACCGGCCUCGCCCAAUGCUUCCGCCUCAUUUGGAAGGAGGAAGGCAUGGCAGCACUCUACGGCGGUCUCGUUCCCCACAUGUUCCGCGUCGUACCGAGUGCUGCUAUCAUGUUCGGCACAUAUGAAGGCGUACUGAAGCUUCUUGGCGAAAGUAGCAACAUGUGAACGGCCGACGAAUUCCUUUGGUAUAGAUUUUUAAUCACUUGUACAACAUCUGAACUGCAUGGCACGGCGUUGUUGAAUACCAGGGUUGGGGACGCAUUUAUGGCGUCAUGUAACAACAAAAGGGCUGAGAGACACAUUUGUAUGCUAAGGGAAGAUCCUGUAUGAAGAAGGAAAUGACGCUGGGUGGCCUUGAGAUAUUAGACUUUGGUCCAAGGAUGCGUAGUUGGAGGUUGAGCAAGUGUACGGCACUCAAAACUCUUCUCCGGGCAAUGCCCCCUAUUCCGAAAAAUGAACACUAUAAUACUGCAAC